GGGCGACUAAAGAAAUAUGGCGGCGCUGUAAGGACGGUCUCGGAACAUUGUAAAAGGUUUCAUACACUUUACAAUGAAGGUUAAAGUCCUUUCAAGGAACCCCGCCGAUUACAUACGAGAGAACAAGUCAGAUAUUCACAAACUCCAUCGCAACCUUGAUCCAUCAUUACAUCCUUUUGAAGGACCGCGCGAGUAUACACGUGCGUUAAACGCGGUUAAACUCGAACGCGUUUUUGCCAAACCAUUUGUAAGCUCUUUAGAUGGGCACACUGAUGGUGUGAACUGUAUUGCUAGACACCCUAGAAGCUUGUCCGUCUUGCUGUCUGGCUCAUGUGAUGGGGAGGUAGGUGUUUACUUUGUCCUUCUCAAAUUAAAUUUAAUUUGUUGACGGACUACUGUCCUAACUUGUAUAUUUCCCAUAAUACACCUUGUUUGCACUCCAAACUUUGCAUUGACUUCAGUUUCCCUUUCGAUUAAUGCAAUGCCAAUGACAAAUUAAGAACAAAAGUUGUAUGCCAAACUUGGGGUGGCAAACAAGGUGCAUUAUGUGAAAUGUGAAAGUGGUGAAUAGUAGCUUGAUCCUCAGUUGAUCACGGGUAGCAAGAGGCCAUUAUAACAAUAGCUCUUUAUUGAGAAACCGGUCAGUGUAAAACGCAGACUGCGGACUGCAGACUGCAGACUACGCACCAGGGGUAAAAUGCAGACUGCGUGUAAAAUGCAGACUGCAGACUGACAGUAAAACGCAGGCUGGGGUAAAAUGGAGACCGAGCAUAAACUGUAGUCGUGGAAGGGUUUCAGGGCAAAACAAUCCUGCAAAUACAUGUAAACGAAUACUUACUUGACGACAUCUGCUUUCACAAAUCCAUUCCUUUCUUCUCAGAAACGUCUUCACGACCCGAAAACAUACUAGUAAUCGCAAUCUUGAACCUUUUUCCGUCCGAGAGACCUCACGCUUCAACUUAAUAGACGCGAACUUUUCGAUACGCAUGACCAUGAAUUGGUACAACACCACGAUGUUUGCUGACCCAAAAUACUGUACAGAAAGAAUUCAAAACAAUUAUGGCGACAAAAAAGGGAGUAAAUCAUUCCAACAACAAAAGAAGAUGUUCUGCAGGAAAUUUGGAUGACCUUCUAUGAAAGGAUUGAAAAUCAAGAUACGCAGACUUUAGCUGUUUGGAUGUUCAUUGAACUUUUGGCGAAUAUGCAAUGUACUAACUUCGACUAGGAAGCGAGGUGUGUAACUGAUACUAGCUAGCUAUUUGGAAAAGAAGGAGCACAUUAUUGUUUGUGAAGUCUACAAUCUUCAUUCUGCAUUUUGCACCCAGCCUGCGUUUUACUCUCAGUCUGCAGUCUGCAUUUUACACUCUAUCUGCAUUUUACCCCUGGUCGGCAGUCUGCAGUCUGCAGUCCGCAGUCUGCGUUUUACUCUGACCGAUUGAGAAACAAAACUGGCAAGAUGUCUUUAAUUUGGGAUGCCUUUGUAAAUCUGUUGCAUGACCUUCGUAGUUGCAGAAAUUAGGUCUUGUCAUUUGCACAUACAGGGGGUUCAUUAAGAGCCGGGCACCGGGCAAAUUGACCGGCUGAGAACACGACUUUGCCCGGCUGCUUUACAUCUCAAAGAACUUCUUUUUACUACAAGGAACGAUCAAAAACAGUUUAAGUUACAAUCUCGCCCUUUUCUUGAUAAGUCUUAUCGAGACUUUAUUUCACACGGCAUGAAUUCCCCUCGUUCAUUAUGUGUUAAAAAUAAGAAUCGCCCCAUAACACAUUGCGAAAAGAACUGUGCUUCAUAAACGACCACCUGAAAUGUAUCAGGCGUUGCGAGCACGUGAGCAUGGCGGCCCAGAAAAGAACGCGUUCGAUAGCAGAUUAUUUUUCGGCUUCAGCCAAAGGGCUUCAGGUAGAGGAAAGGCCAAGAGGUGAAUAGACUUCUUUGUGAUUUGACCUUUUACUUGCCUGUAUAUAUUUAAUGGCCUAAUCAUCGUGUUCAACGAAGCGCAGCGUUAUUUUUUAUUCGUCUUAUGGUUUACGCCAAUGAAUUGAAAGUCAUGGUCUGCAGCCUCAAAAUGCAGGAAAACACAUCCCUGCGACUAUAGAAUUUCAAAAUUUUCCGGGGGAGCAUGCCCCCGGAACCCACUAGGGGACAAGGUCCUCCCGGCCUUGCCAAUUCUUUAACCGGGUGUCAAACUCAGUUGCCCUCCUGUUCAAAACCUUAAUGAACCCCCUGCACAUACAGCAUUGUGCUGUAAGGUGCAUAAUAUCGCUACUUAAAAACUUUUUGGAAGCCCUGCAGUAUUGUGCUCUAAGGUGAAGGAUUCCAGGAAAACACCUUAUACUCCUUUGCAUUUGAACACCUUGAUCUUUCGUUUUAUAGACCAUGAAUGGUUGGUCUGACCAGGAUUUUCAGUAGUAUUCAGGAAUUCUAUGAUGGUACCUCCUAAUCUUCAGACUAAAACUCUGAACUGAUGAAGAAAUAACAGUGUUGUUUGCACUAUGAUAUAAGCGAUGGGGGGGGGGGGUGAGGGGAGAGAAGUAGGGGUAUUAAACCAUUUGUCUCAAAGUAGAAGACAGUAUAAUCGGUGGUUCAAGAGAGUGGUUGUUCCAUUGGCAAGAUUCAUGAACUGGUUACAAGCACAUGUGAACCUUUUUUUCAUUUGUAACAUGCAAUUUUGCUGGUGAUUAAGAUACUAUUCAAUUUAUUAUAGAUUCGUCUAUGGAGUUUACCAAGACGUGAAUGCCUCAGGACCCUAACAGCACAUUCUGGGUUUGUUCGUGGAUUAUGUGUGAAUUCUUUAGGAGACACAUUCAUCUCUGUAAGUUUUGAAUUUUUUUGCAGAAUGCAACUACCACAAACUGCACAACAAUUCUCAUAAGACAAUAUUUUCGUCUCUGUUUGUUAAAUUUCUUUCAUUUUUUCUCAAAAAUCAAUAAGUUAUUUUAAAGAUUACAAAGUACCAAUCAAUUCUUUGAUUAUUUAAUGUAACUAUAAAUUCAAUAAAUCGUUGGUCAUGGGAAAUAGACACUAGCAGUCGCUGCACAUGUGAACAUACAUUAUUGUACAUUUUGCAUGUAUCCCAGAAGCCAAGUUUCUCUUUAACUCAAAGUGGUGCUUUUUUAAGUAGCAUAAUUUUUUAAAUGAAGUACGAAUUUUACAGGUGUGUUUAUGUAUGUAUGAAACAAAUAGAAAAGAUUUCUACUCAUCAUAUCACUGCAUUCAUGCAUUGUGCAUGUAUUUGUUGACUUUUGUAUUUACAGUUCAUCUGAUAAAUCUACACUCAAGUGCUCAAGAAUCAAAUUUUUAAAAAGUAAAAAGUAAAAAGGCUCUUAUUUGAAAACUUGUAACUACAGUAGAAUCCUUAUUAUUGGAACAACUUUGGGAAAGGCAGAUGGUUUUGAAUUAUCAGGAGGUUUGAAAAAUGGAGAGUAAUAUUACAGUGUUUGACUGGUGAAGUGACGUUAGGUUUGCUUCAAAUAAUUUGGAAUUUCGAAAAACUGAGGGUUCGAGAAAUCAGGAUUGUAUUGUAGUCUAGCUUGAUGUUUUUUUAAUGAAUUGAGCCUACAUGGAAACAACAGCUAGCUAAGAGAGCACAACAAGAUUUCUAGCUUCUUUCAGAGUUGCAUGUAGCAACUUUAUAAUAUUAGGCUUGACAGGAGUCCAUGAGUGGCUUGAAGAGCACCUGCCACCCGUUGAAAGGGGGAUCCAAACUGGACUCGCUUGAAUGGCUGGAAAUCCAGGGUAUAAUGCAACAGACUGUUUUUUUAUUUGAAUGAUUAUUAUUUUUAUCGUGAAACCAAAGUGUAGUCAUUCCUAAAACUUGCAUCUAGAUUGGAGAUGACAAAGUUAUAAAACAGUGGAGCAUGGAGCAGAGUUUGAAUGCCAGUGCAUCAUCACCAGAUCCAGUAAAUACAAUCAUAGGCAAGGUAUGAUGAUCCCUGUCCAGUAGAGCUGUAGCCUGUGCCAGGCUCUCCGUGACAAGUGAAAAAGUCUAGCAGGCGGUGAAAUAGCGAGUGAACGAAAAAACAGCUUGAAACGAGAAGGGGAGAGCCUGUAAUACCUCAAUCCAGCCCUCUACCCUGCUCUGUUCUUGAAAAGCAUUUCUAGUGUCAAAUGUUAAAUGUCAAAAUAUCCAAAGGUGCAGUGUAGGGUUUCAUGUACUUAACCUGUUUGUUAGACGCUGCGCGAGCAGUCAUAUAUGACCAAUCAUGUUCCUGAAUGAGGUGUUAAACAAUUUUUCAGACUCCACUACUCCGUGUUUCCCUAACCCCCAUGCCGUUUUCACGCAACUUUUCCUGAUCCGCUUUCCUCACUUUCUUGGAGCCUGGAACAGGCUUGUAAAGCUGGUGAAUAUUGAGAUUUACUGACUUUAACGGGGUAACACGUUGAUUACUUGUAAUGCAGUAGUUUAUGUGCAUUACUCAAUCACUUUCUUUGACUUGCUUUAAGAUGGACAUACGGACAGCCAUCUCAAAUCUUUCAAGUUGAUGGGUCCUCAUCAGGGGAGGGGCCUGGGUGGCCUGGGACCCCCUUUUUGCUGGGUCUGGAUGACCACCCCCUUAUUCUGAAGGUCUGGAUUUGCCACUGCUCAUUUCGUAGCUCAGUGGUUGGUGUGCAUUAUCCAUACCAUGUCUUGAAUGUCACAUUUGUGGGUCAAAAGUCAGUAUUUUCCUUUGUUUGAUGGAUUUAGUACACCCUGUUCUUUUUCACUCAUUAGAAUCUUUAUCAUGGUAUUGAUCAUCAUUGGAAGAGUGCUGUAUUUGCAACUUGUGGAGAACAAGUUGAUAUCUGGGAUGAACACAGAGCUGAGCCUGUGAGGAGCUUCACUUGGGGCGUGGACACCAUCCAUAGUGUCAAGUUUAACCCCAUAGAGGUAAAAACCAAAAUAACCAAUUUCAUUUGGUGGCUUGGUUCCUGGAUAGAGGAGGAUGUUUGUCAAAAUUUGUUCAAUCUGUUCUCUGAUAGCAUGAUUGGUUUUUCAAGGCUAUGCUACAAUCCUGGCCCAAAGGUGUUGGGACACCUCCCCUUUUUCACUUGGUUUUGUGUGGAAUUUGCAGCUAACCUGCGGUACACACUCAUAAACAUGGCCUCAACAAGAUUUUUCCCCCACCCCCCCUUAACAAAGUUGAGGCCCAUAAAGUGUACAAGAUAUGUAAAAGGUGUUUGACUUGUAACACCCAACACUGUCCAGGGGGGGAGGGGGGUCAACUUUAAUUACAUUUUCCUCACCUAAAACGCAAAGUGUCCCAAACGUUUUGACCAGGAUGGUAAGUGUUCGUCCGCUCUGGACCUGUGAAAUCCAGGGUGGCCUGCAUUGCUGUUGAUUUCUAUGAAAACAACUAAGAUUUAAUUUUUCUAAUUGUUAGGGAGGAAAAGUUAGGCGCCAGGGGCCAUCGGGUGCCGCUAGAGCCCGGCCUUGAAUUUGUUGAUGUUGAUUUGCCACGCACAACUUUAUAUUAAGGAGCAAUAGGCAAAACAAUAUAUGCAAUAAUUUAGCUCAGACGUCGUGGAGAAGCGAACGCAUCACCAUUGAUUUAGGAGUAUUCUGACAAAGCCAGCACCGUGGUAUUUGAGAACCGUUACCAUUUUUUUUCUCCAGACCCAUUUGCUUGCCAGCACGGCUUCCGAUCGCAGCAUUAUCCUUUAUGAUAUGCGCGGUUCGACCCCACUCCGUAAGGUUGUCAUGGAGAUGAGGAGCAACACAGUGGCCUGGAAUCCACUUGAGUCGUUCAUCUUCACAGCAGCCAGUGAGGAUUCGAAUCUGUACACGUUUGACAUUCGUCGUUUUAACCAACCAAUCAACGUGCACAUGGACCAUGUUUCAGCUGUGCUGGACGUGGACUAUUCCCCCACUGGUCAGGAAUUUGUGACUGGAAGUUUUGAUAAAACGAUCAGGAUUUACGGUCGCGACAGUGGAAGAAGCAGGUAAGUCCAGAAGUGGUCAACAGAGCCCGGUUUUUAAAAGGGGAAUUAUGCUUUCCACCGCGUAAUUCACUAUCCAAUGCUUAUGUAAGCCACAGAAACCAGCUCUUUUAUAAACUAGUUGGGCAAGGUCUUGUUGGUUUGGUUCUGGAGACUGUUUCAGUGCACCUACUGUUCGCGUGAAACAUACUCGAAAAUACAAGAGCCGGAACGCCUCUCACCUCAGACUGUCCCGCCCGCCGGGGGAGGUUUCGCGGAACGUUGACAGUGAUGGUGACGGUGCGAAUCUCGACCAAUAAACUAAACCUUAGUAAAUGGGUUGAUUCUAGGGUAAGGGUUGUCUGGGAAACUGCCCACCUACCCCUCCCCUAAGCUAACAUGAACACUUAUCUCUUACUUAGGCAAAAUUAUGACUUAGGGGAGGGGUAGGUGGGCAGUUUCCCGGAAACCUAAAUUGAUCUGGGACUUAAGUGAGAGUGACGUUUCAACAACCCAUGCGGUAUUCAUCAUGCAAUAGACGCAACGUGAGACACAACUAACUUUUACUCUGAAUAUGACAGGUAAUCUAUUCACGACUAUGCAUGCCAGGAUGAUCAUCCUACUCAAAACAUUACCUCGUUUCGAAACCGGUAAAAAACAAUGAUUGUUGCAACUGAACGCUUGUCUUGUCCUUAGGGAGGUGUAUCACACACGAAGAAUGCAACGCGUGUUUUGUGUUCGAUUCAGUGCGGAUUCCACUUACGUCCUUUCAGGAAGCGAUGAAACAAAUAUCAGGUAAUGUGGCGUAAAACCAUUUGAUUUAUUUUUCUCAACUUCAUUAUCUAUGAGAUGAAGAGGUUUGGAAAUCGGAUCGUCAUUACCAAAACAUUGUUCUGACUUCAACUUUUGAAUUUUUUCAUGAAUUUUUGGUCAUUCGAGACUGAAGUUUUGUUAUAUCUCAAGGAAUAGGAGAGUGUUUUAUCCGAAGAAGUUAGUUUGGAAAAACUUUGUCGUGUUUCGUGACUUCUUUCUUGGUGUCUAGGAAUGUUACUUGACGUUUUUUCCUUCUUUUUUUCUUAAUGAGCUCAUCCUGAAAUGGUUUCUUUUAUCCUUUUCUCCCUAGAAUAUGGAAAGCUAAUGCUUCACAAAAACUGGGAGCGGUAAGUAGUUCAGUCCAGCGUGCAAAGAAAGUAGUGUCCGAUAGCCCGGGGCUAGUGGAUUUUGCUAUUGGGCUAGUGAAUUCUGUUGUUAACUUGCCCAACAGGCAAGUGAGGUUUUUUGAGCAAUUCGAAUAACAGAAGAACUAUGAAAUCAAUUCUGCUCGUCAAAAAGCAUCUGGGGCUAGUUGAAAUGACAUCUGGGCUAGUAAAU